AUGCAGCGUUUGCUGGUGUAUGAGUUCAUGGAGUAUGGCAGCCUCGAGAGAUACCUCUUCUCACGCACCCGGGACCCGUUGCCAUGGGACAUCCGCAUGAAGGUUGCGCUGCAUACUGCUCGCGGCCUUGCAUUCCUGCAUGAGGAGACGGAGCCGCAGGUCAUCUACCGGGACUUCAAAACAUCCAACAUCCUUGUUGACAGGGAGUUCAAUGCGAAGCUGUCUGAUUUUGGGUUGGCCAGAGAUGGGCCCCAGGGAGGCAACACACAUGUGUCCACACGAGUCAUGGGCACCUUCGGUUAUGCCGCUCCUGAAUAUGUACUCACCGGCCACCUGACAGCCAAGUCGGACAUCUACAGCUUCGGCGUGGUGCUGCUGGAGAUCAUCGCCGGGCGCAAAGCCAUGGAGCAGCAGCUGGUGAGGACAGAGCAGAACAUCAUUGACUGGGCGCGGCCCUACUUCCUCGACCGCUCCCAACUGCCGCGCCUCCUGGACAAGCGCAUCGUGGCUGCCGCCCAGGCCAAGCAGCAGCCCAUGCCGCUGGCUAAAGCAGUGGCAAAGGCAGCGGUGAUUGCGCAGUGCUGCGUGAAGGUGGAGCCCAAGGAGAGGCCCGCCAUGUCUGAUGUGUCCAUCGGCGAGCUGGCAGUCGCGGGAGCGGCAGCGGGCGCAGCAGCAGGCGCGGCUGCAGGCGCGGUGGAGUUGGCGUGCUCGUGCACGACAGUGCGCGGACCCAUGAUGGCAUCCACCGCUCUGUUGGCAAUGGCGGAUCCUGUUCCGAACGCCAUGCCCUCUCCCACCGUCUGCAUCAACCCACCCAGCAUGCUUCCCCCUCCUGAGGCCGCUGCUGGCUGGGCUGGGGGAGGCGCUGGUUGCACUGCUGCGCAACCGAUGGGGAGGAGAGAACACGAGAAUGCGAGGUGUCAAGAGAAGAGGCGAGAGCCUGUAUCGGUAACCCUGCAGAGGGACGUGCAGCGAGUUUGGAUGAACCUGCGGUGUGUGCUUGUACCGAGCGAACGGAGCUCCCUCAGAGACUGGGACCUGUGGGGGCCGUUCUUCUUCAUAAUCACCCUCGCGCUGCUGCUCUCCUCGUCCGCCACGCACAACAAGGCGCAUGUGUUUGCAGUGGUGUUUGGAACAGUAUCUACAGGAGCCGUUGUCCUCACUCUCAACGUGCAGCUGCUGGCAUGCCGCUCGGCAUCUCACUGCACCCCGCAGGCUGCCCCAUGCAUAGGCAUGCCCCUCUGUAUCUCACUGCACCCCUCAUGGACCCCCCAUCACGUCCUUUCAUGUGCCUCACAUCACUCCCUCACACCACAGGGCGGCCGCAUCAUAUUCUUCCGGAGCCUCUCCCUCCUCGGCUACUGCCCCCCACACACAUAUGCCCCUUUGCAUCUCACUGCACCCCUCAUGUCGCCCUGCGUAUCUCUCUCUCAUGCACCCCUCUCCCUCACACCACAGGACGGCUGCAUCAUAUUCUUCCAGAGCCUCUCCUUGCUCAGCUGCUGCCCCUCACACAUACCAUAUGCCCAUUCGCAUCUCACUGCACCCCUCAUGUCGCCCUGCGUAUCUCUCUCUCAUGCACCCCUCUCCCACACACCACAGGGCGGGCGCAUCAUAUUCUUCCAGAGCCUCUCUCUGCUCGGCUACUGCCUCGUGCCGCUCGACCUUGCCGCCCUCCUCUGCCUCCUCACCACUGCCAAGCUCGUCCGCAUGGCGCUCGUUUUAGUCACUUUCGCUUGGAGUUCCUCAGCUGCUUACCCCUUCGUGGCCAAGGCAGUUCCGGAGACGCGCAGGGUGCUGGCAGUGUACCCUGUGUUCCUGCUCUACACCGCUAUUGGCUUCCUUGUGCUCGCUAAUGACUAG